CUUCGUUUUCAGUUGGCCCUGGGGCUUUAAUAAACAGAAUGGCAAGAUUCACAGUCCUAGCAGGACUAGGGGUUCUUAUUCUGGCCCAUAUCGCUGCAUCCACAAAACUGGUUUGCUACUUCACCAACUGGUCCCAGUACAGACCUGGAAAUGGAAGAUUUGUUCCUGAACACGUUGAUCCCUUCCUCUGUACUCAUGUUGUUUAUGCUCUGGCCACCAUAAGCAAUACCAACCAGAUAAAGCCCAUUGAGUGGAAUGAUGAGACCCUGUAUAAGUCUUUAAAUGACUUGAAGAAGAUAAAUCCAAACCUUAAAACAUUGCUUUCAGUUGGGGGCUGGGUCAAUGGAAUAAGCCCGUUUAUAAGCAUGGUCUCCACACCAGAGAACCGUCAUGCCUUCAUCAGGUCAGCCAUCAGCUACUUGCAGGCAUACAACUUUGAUGGGCUUGACCUGAAUUGGGAGUUUCCUGGGCAGGGAGGAAGUCCACCUGAAGACAAGCUGAGGUUCACAGCCCUGGUUACUGAGCUCAGGGAAGCUUUUGAAAAGGAGAGUACAGAGAACAAAAAAACAAGAUUCCUGCUUUCUGCUAAAGCAGCAGCAAUACCAAGUACCAUUCAAUAUGCCUAUGAGAUCCCAAAAAUAUCCAGUCAGCUGGACUUCAUAAGUGUGAUGACCUACGACUUCCAUGGACACUGGGAGAAAGUCACAGGGCAUAACAGCCCUUUGUACCGCAGCUUACUUGAUCAGGGAAAUCACAUCGACUACAAUUCUGACUCCGCUCUCACCUACUGGAUUGAACAGGGAGCUCCUGCUGAAAAGCUGCUGAUGGGCCUGGCUACUUACGGUCGUACAUUCCGCCUCACCUCCGCCUUUAACGGCCUUGGUGCCCCUUCUGAUGGACCAGCUGCUGCGGGGCCCUACACUCGUGAUCCUGGCUUUUGGUCUUACUACGAGGUGUGUUCCUUCAUUCCGGCUGCCACAGUCCACUGGAUUGAGGAGCAGAAGGUUCCUUAUGCUGUCCAGGGUGACUCCUGGGUGGGCUACGACAACAAGGAAAGCUUCACAGCCAAGGCCCAAUGGCUGAGGGAACACAACCUGGGCGGGGCUUUCAUCUGGACUUUGGAUAUGGAUGACUUCAGGGGAACAUUUUGUGAAGAUGGGCAAUACCCUCUAGUCAAUCAUCUCCGUAAUUCUCUAGGAUUUGCACCAAAGCCAACCCUUCCUCCUCACCCCACAAUCACUACAGACCCUCUGUUAACUUUCUGUGUCGGGAGACCUGAUGGGCUAUAUCCCAACCCUGAAGAUAAUACCACCUAUUUCCAGUGUUUCCGUGGAAAUACAUACCUUCACAGAUGCCAGCCAGGCCUGGUCUACGUUGAUGCCUGCAAGUGCUGCAAUUAUCCCUGAGGGAGCUUAGUAGUUCCUUAGAUCACAUUACUUAGAGUCAGAAAGACAUAUUCAGCUUAG